UUUCUUCCGCCAGAUCUCGCAGAUUAAGUUGCUCACCGUAUUUGGCAAGACCGUCGGUAAUCCGUUUAUUUCUGUACAAAUUGGGAGAAAUCACCCUUCACACGAGUCAAAAUGCUCGCUACAGUCAGCAAACAGCUGAGAAACCACCCAGCUCUGAUCCCCCUUUUCAUCUUCAUCGGUGGAGGCGCCACCAUGUCCAUGAUGUACCUCGCUCGUCUGGGCUUGAAAAACCCCGAUGUCUGCUGGGAUCGUAAGAACAACCCAGAGCCCUGGAACAAGAUGGCCCCGACCGAUCAGUACAAGUUUUACACAGUGAACAUGGACUACAGCAAGCUGAAGAAGCAAGGUCCUGAUUUCUAAACGUCAUAUCCGCUGGACCAAAAAAAACGCAAAGAUCAGCUGAUCCGCACAGCCUCGUUUGAACUUCCGAGGGACACGAUGCAGAAGCUAAAUCCGCACAAUGAUUCAUAUUUAAGUUCUGUCAUUGCAUCCCAUCGGCUUUUUUUGAAAGCUUGUCUCUGAUUUGUCAUUUUCGAUCGGUUGUUAAUAAAGUGAAGGAGUGUACUCUCCUCCAUACAGAGAAAAUAA